UUUAUAUUUCCUCCAACGUUUUCUUCGCUAUCACUAUAUCCUUGCUGGUCAUCUCCAGAGCCAACCCUAUUGUAUCUCUUAUUCCUGAACCAUCACACCUUGAUCUACUCCAACGAUGGAGACAAGGACACAGGAGCAGCAACAAAAAGACUUUUUAGCCUCUUUCUUCCCCCCAGAGCACCCCGUUCAGAGAGGCUCAGAUCUUCAGCAACAGUCUCCCAUGAACUCAGGGAAUUUAAUAAACCAACAGCCUAUGCUUAACAACUUCUCUGGACUGAGUAACACCCAGCUUAACAUGGAUCUCAUGAACAACAUGAUGGUCAUGCAGAGCAUGGAGAUGUCCCCGUCAUCAGCAGUUCCACAGUAUACCCCGCAGGCUUUGCUCGAGCAACAGUACAAACUAAAUCAGCUUCAACAACUACAGCAGCUGCAGAAUCAAAUACAAAACCAGAUCUUCCAGCAACAGCCGUAUAUGGAUUCUCAUCAGGACAUGUAUCAAUCUGGUGCGAUGGACACCAUUCCUUUACCGUCUCCCCACGCGCAGCCUGUGUUGAAUCAGUACUCGCGUCAUCCUGGCUCAAAUUCGGCUCCUGCCAAUAUUGCCUUUCAGAAUCCCUUUCCUCUCCCAUCACCGUCUGACUUGGAUAUGGAUCCUGUGCAGCCAAAACAACCUAACAAGCGCACUGCAUCGCCCAGCGGUGACGAGGGUGUCGCAAAGCCGUCUCGCAAGCGUCUCUCACCAGCCACGGCGAAUACGUCUAACUCUUUCAAUAACGGUAAAAGGGCUGCCCGUGUGACCAAGUCCGCAAGCUCGACUCCUCUUCUGCGUUCCACGAGGUCUAGACGAGGUAGUAUUCUAACGGGAGAAGAUUCGCCAUCUCCUGUAGAUUUAUCUAUGCCACCUCCCGCGCCGCCCACGGCUCAUUCAUCUGCAGCCUCGACAUCAAAGCCAGCAGCUGCAACUACUGCAAAUGUCACGUCUAUAACGCCGGUCACACCAGCCAGCCUCAUGGAACUGGGUCGUCUAGGAAUCAGCAGUAGCUUGACCCCGAUUGCCAAAGAUGCGAAGUCACUCAAAAAUGAUCCUAAAGGCAAAUCCGCCUCAAGGUCUAAGCCCUCGGCAGAAGCUGGUUCUUGCAGGACCCUAAGAAAAAAUCAAAUGUUGAUAAGUCCAGGUCCUAAGCCAAUUCUUCCGGCCGGUGGCACCAACGUACAUGCAGGCUCAUCGGCUGCUCCUAUGCCGCCUGUACCGCAAAGUCGCAAGUCUCAUAAGGAUGCUGAGCAGAAGCGUCGUGAUUCGUUAAAGACGACAUUCGACGAUCUUCGCAUACUUUUGCCACCGAUACCUCUUCCGUCUGACGAAAACUUUCCUGAUACUCCCAUCCUUCCGGGUGCGCUACCUCCACGCGGCCCACCUAAAGCUGGCGGUGAAGGUCCUAACAAGGGUGUUAGCAAGCUACAGCUUCUGCGGUGCGGUAAUGACUUCAUUCGAGUGCUCAAGGGGCGUGUCGAUCGAAGGGACGACGAAAUUGGCAAGCUCAGGCAUGAGGUAUCAAGGCUAAGGGGCUUAGUUGGCGAUGAACCUGCCGAGUCAGUUGGGGAGCUAUUGGAUCUAGAGCGGGAUUUAGAUGAUAUAGAACUUACUGCAUCGUUUGGUGGAGGAUCAGUGGUAGGAGACGAUGAAGCUGAUGAUUGUGAUGAUUAGAUUAGCGACAUGAUGUCGCGCAAUGACACUGGUAGAAGGUAUGCAUGAGCUCGAGCGGGUAGGCGUCUUGCAUAUGUCUUUUUGCUUUCCCCCCCCCGUAUUUGUCAAUUUACUGUAAAGCAGAUUUACGCGUAGCCAAUAUAUAAGUUCGCGCUAAACAGUCCUUAUCC